UGAGGGACCACAAAUAAAAAAAAGUGAACAUUAAUUGUAAUAGCUACAAAGAAAAAUAACGAAGUUGAGGACCAAAAUAAACCCUAGCUACUAAACCUUCAAAAGUGCUUUCAAAAGCCUCCAAUCGUAUCCUAAUAUACUUUUAACCAACACAAAAUUGACACGUGGCAACAUUUAUAUGCUUUGAGAAACCAUUUAGUAUGAACAAUCAAUCAUAUAGUAAGUUUUUUGAGUAUAAAUAAGAGAUGAUCCUUGCUAGACCAAUCAAUGUGCUAUGUUUUAACAAUAGACCUUAGCCAUUCUUCUUUCUUCAAUUUCAAUCUCUUCCAAUUAUCUUUAACACAAAUAUAAUAUUUCUGAAACAGGAAUUUUUGUCUCUAUAUAUUGAAACAAUCAAUAAUUUAGCAACAUUUUGUUGUAGCACAAUAUUGGGCACAUACAAAUUUUGAAUUUCUCAUGGAUCUCAUUCAUGGACUAUUUAUUCUUUGGAUUACCUUUAUAUUACUUAAUUUGAGAAAUGUGGAUGGAAGGAACCACCUUCACACCAAGCAAAAGAAAGUAUCUUCCCUUCUUCCUUCCAACUCUUCUCCUAGUGUUCCUUCUGACCCUUACCCAAAUGAUCCUCGCGAUUCGUCUUCGGACUGUAUUUUCGAUGUUACAUCAUUUGGAGCAAUUGGAGAUGGUUCAGCAGAUGACACACCUGCAUUCAAGAAAGCAUGGAAAGCAGCUUGUGCUGUAGAGUCAGGGAUUCUUCUGGUUCCAGAAAAUUACACUUUUAUGAUCACUUCAAUUAUUUUUUCAGGUCCAUGCAAACCAGGAUUAGUAUUUCAAGUGGAUGGUAUGCUAAUGGCACCAGAUGGACCUGAUUCAUGGCCAGAGGCAGAUAGCAGAAAUCAAUGGCUUGUGUUCUAUAAACUUGACCAAAUGAGUCUUAAUGGUACAGGAACCAUUGAAGGAAAUGGAGAUCAAUGGUGGGAUCUUCCCUGCAAACCUCACAGGGGUCCAGAUGGAAAAACUUUGUCAGGACCAUGUGGAAGUCCAGCUAUGAUACGGUUCUUCAUGAGCUCCAAUUUAUAUGUGAAUGGACUAAAAAUUGAAAACAGUCCUCAGUUCCACAUGAUAUUUAAUGGCUGCCAAGGAGUAAUGAUCAAUAUGUUAUCCAUUUCUGCACCAAAACUUAGCCCCAACACUGAUGGAAUACAUGUUGAAAACUCAAAAGAUGUUGGGAUAUAUAACUCCUUAAUAAGCAAUGGUGAUGAUUGCAUUUCAAUUGGACCCGGGACUUCAAAUGUGGAAAUAGCUGGUGUAACUUGUGGUCCUAGCCACGGGAUUAGCAUAGGAAGUCUUGGUGUGCACAAUUCUCAAGCAUGUGUCUCAAACUUAACAGUCCGUGACACAGUGAUAAGAGAAUCAGACAAUGGACUAAGAAUAAAGACAUGGCAAGGUGGAAUGGGAUCUGUGUCAAAUUUAAAAUUUGAGAACAUACAAAUGGAGAAUGUAGGAAACUGCAUCCUUAUAGACCAAUACUAUUGUUUGACAAAGGAAUGUCUAAAUCAAACUUCAGCUGUACAUGUUAAUGAUGUGUCCUACAAAAACAUUAAGGGUACUUAUGAUGUUAGAACUGCUCCUAUUCAUUUUGCUUGUAGUGACACUGUUGCUUGUACAAACAUAACACUCUCUGAGGUUGAGCUUUUGCCAUUUGAAGGUGAAUUGUUGGAUGACCCUUUUUGUUGGAAUGCUUAUGGGGCUCAAGAGACUUUGACUAUACCUCCAAUUAAUUGUUUAAGGGAAGGUGACCCUGAGACUGUUGGUGAUCUUUCUACAUAUCAAUGUAGUAAUUAGUUAAUGAUGUAUUAUUAGUCUAAAUUUGGGUAGAAGAUAUAUUAUAUUAUAGUAUAUUACAUUAGGUAUAGAGUUGUGAGAACAAUUUUUUUUUUUUUGAUUGUUAUGGUUUUUUAUGUUGUGCCUCUUAGGAUUCGUCCCUAUUUGGGUGUGUUUUCCCAUAGUGAGCGAUGAGUUGCUGAAUUGGUUCAUUUUUUUGGACCUACAUUGUGAAAGCAUGAUUCAACAUUUAUACUUAUUAUUAUGUGGCUGAAAUAGUAUACAUUUUUUGUUCCCUUUAAA